ACCAGCUCACGUGUCUUCCUGUUCGGUCGUCGCUAGAGGACGUUGGUGUCACGGCGCAGAGGGGCUACUCGUAUUUAUUUUCCAUUUACCCAGAAUAAUAGACAACAAAACUAAUACAGAAUGUUUUCCCGCGCAGUAAGACCUACCGUCAGCCUCGCCAGGAGUUUGUCCACUUCCUCGCAGAACAACGCUAAGGUGGCGGUGCUCGGAGCGUCGGGCGGUAUAGGCCAACCGCUGUCUCUGCUGCUCAAGAACAGCCCUCUGGUGAGCCAACUCUCGCUCUACGAUAUCGCACACACCCCCGGGGUGGCUGCAGAUCUCAGCCACAUCGAGACAAGGGCCCAGGUCACCGGCCACAUGGGUCCCGACCAACUCGGUGCUGCCCUCCAGGGCUGUGAUGUCGUCGUUAUUCCCGCCGGUGUACCCAGAAAGCCCGGGAUGACCCGCGACGACCUCUUUAACACCAACGCUACCAUUGUAGCCACCUUGGCCGACGCCUGCGCCCGCCACUGCCCGGAAGCCAUGAUCUGUAUCAUCGCCAACCCCGUCAACUCCACCAUCCCGAUUACAUCAGAGGUCAUGAAGAAGCAUGGCGUCUAUAACCCCAACAAGGUGUUUGGUGUCACCACCUUGGACAUUGUCAGAGCCAAUGCUUUUGUUGCGGAGCUGAAAGGCCUUGACCCGGCCCGUGUCAGUGUGCCCGUCAUCGGGGGUCAUGCCGGAAAGACCAUCAUCCCGCUCAUUUCUCAGUGCACCCCCAAAGUGGAGUUCCCUCCCGAUCAGUUGUCGGCCCUCACUGGCAGGAUCCAGGAAGCGGGCACAGAGGUCGUGAAGGCCAAAGCCGGAGCCGGGUCUGCUACCCUCUCCAUGGCGUACGCCGGUGCCCGCUUCACCUUCGCCGUCCUGGACGCCAUAAAUGGAAAGGAGGGCGUGGUGGAAUGCGCCUUUGUCAGGUCCGAGGAGACCGAGUGCAAGUACUUCUCCACGCCUCUCCUCCUGGGCAAGAACGGCAUCGAGAAGAACCUCGGGCUCGGCAAGCUGUCUGCCUUUGAGGAGAAGCUGGUGGCUGACGCCAUUGGCGAGCUGAAGGGCUCCAUCAAGAAAGGCGAGGAUUUUGUGGCUAACAUGAAGUGAACGGGAGACAUUAGAAUGUAGCUGGAACCUGCAGCCAUCAUUGAUGUGUUUCGUCUUACAUUAAAAAGCACUUUGACAAAUCUCCGGUUCUGUCGGUGCUUCUUCCUCUGCUGGUUUUCUUUUAGCUCGUGGUAAAUAAUGUCAACGCAACGGUGCAGAGUUUGACCUUUGCGCUUGCCCCAUCUUUAAGUAUCAUCUAUCCUAUCUCACAUGUGGCGUUAUCUCACCUGGCUACAAUUUUUACGGCUUAAUUUUGCAAAUAUCAAAUUCACAUAUUUUCAUAUUCCGGAUUCAACCAAGGGAAUAUUGUCAUCAUGCUUAUUUGUGAACAUAAAACAUUGGUCGUCAUCAAUAAACAGUUUAAUGUUUAAAAAAAAUC